CCAUUAGCUACAGAACCUUGGGCAAGUCACAUCCCCUUCCUGAGCCUCAGUUUCCCCAUCUGAAAUAAAAUGGACUAGAUCCUCUAAGAUCUCUUGGAACUCUGUCAUUCUGCAAUUCCCAGCAAGUCCAGGGCUCAAACUGUGCAUUUGCUGAAGACCCUUCCAUGGAACUCUGGGGGACCCUAUAUCCCCUCCUUACAGGUGGUCUUGCUUCUUUCAUUGCGAGGCACCCUGAGCUGAAACAGAUUCAGCAGUUUCCAGCCCAGGGAGUUGUGGUUUCUCCACCCAGAGGCAGCGGGAGCCUUCUGACCCCGUGGAGGCCUGGAACACAUGAAUCAAAAUAGUUGUGUGAUGUCAUGUCAUAAUGGGAAUGUGCUCUGGCCAAUUGGUGCCAAGAAUUGUCUGUACAGGGUGGUUUCCUUUUACAGUCUUUUUAAAGAGACAUCUGCAGAUCCGCACAUGACUGGCGGGCCGGCGCUCCCCUUGCCUAUUUCGUCUUCCCUCCUUUUUUAAUUUCAAGGAGGAAAAAGCCCUGGAGUGUCUGAGUGUGAGGCUGACCUUAACUAUAUAAACAAACCCACGGUGAGGUUCUGCCGGCGCUUCCGGCAGCUUCUUGUCUGCAUAAGGACAGUGGACUGCUCCAGCGCUGUGGCUGGAGCUGCAGACCGUGAGGACUGCUGGGCUCUCAAUCAGAGGCGGGACUGCUGUGGGAUUGCCCUGCGUGUCCCGUGGCUGCUGGCUCCGAGAGGGACCCACCCUGCGUUAGCACCAGGGCCCCCUACGAGGACGCCUGGCUCGCAGGCUGUCGCUUGAGCACGCGCUCUAUCUCUAAGCUCUUGGUGGCCGAGGCUGCUGGGCGCCCCGCACCUGCCGGCUGAUGCUGCACCUCUCCCGGCUCCCUGCCACCUGGGACUGACACUGGUUCUGCAGGUUCUGGUAUGUCCACCUGUCACUGCUCCUGUGGCCACAGCUACUCAUGAAGCGCUUCGGCAGUCUCAGGGGGAACAAGAAACACAAGGACCCAAACCGAAGCACCGAGAGGCGCCAGUCGGAGCCCCAUGGCCUUUUUGCCUCAGGCCUCUCCUCCUCUCCGUCGACACCCACCCAAGUGGCCAAGCAGCACACUUUUCCUCUUGAAUCCUAUCAGCAUGAACCUGAGCGACUGGAAAAUCGCAUCUAUGCCUCCUCUUCCCCUCCUGACACAGGCCAGAGGUUCUGUCCGUCCUCCUUCCAGAGCUCAGCCAGGCCUCCGUCAGCAUCGCCGACACACUACGCUCCCUCCAGAACCGCGGCGCUGGCGGCGGCCCCGGGACCUGCGGAAGCCGGCAUGCUGGAGAAAUUCGAGUUGGAGGAAGAAGCAGAAGACUCAGAAAGUGGCGUUUACAUGCGAUUCAUGAGGUCGCACAAGUGUUACGACAUCGUUCCAACCAGUUCAAAGCUCGUUGUCUUUGAUACUACGUUACAAGUUAAAAAGGCCUUCUUUGCCUUAGUAGCCAAUGGUGUUCGUGCAGCGCCGCUGUGGGAGAGUAAAAAGCAGAGUUUUGUAGGAAUGCUAACAAUUACAGAUUUCAUAAAUAUACUACAUAGAUACUAUAAAUCACCCAUGGUACAGAUUUAUGAAUUAGAGGAACAUAAGAUUGAAACAUGGAGGGAGCUUUAUUUACAAGAAACAUUUAAGCCUUUAGUGAAUAUAUCUCCAGAUGCAAGCCUCUUCGAUGCUGUAUACUCGUUGAUCAAAAAUAAAAUCCACAGAUUGCCAGUUAUUGACCCUAUCAGUGGGAAUGCACUUUAUAUACUUACCCACAAAAGAAUCCUCAAGUUCCUCCAGCUUUUUAUGUCUGAUAUGCCAAAGCCCGCCUUCAUGAAGCAGAACCUGGAUGUACUUGGAAUCGGGACCUACCACAACAUCGCCUUCAUACACCCGGACACGCCCAUCAUUAAGGCCCUGAAUGUCUUUGUGGAAAGACGGGUGUCGGCCUUGCCUGUAGUGGACGAGUCAGGAAAAGUUGUAGAUAUUUAUUCCAAAUUUGAUGUAAUUAACCUUGCUGCUGAAAAAACGUACAAUAACUUAGAUAUCACAGUGACCCAGGCCCUUCAGCACCGCUCACAGUAUUUCGAAGGUGUUGUGAAGUGCAGUAAGCUGGAAGUGCUGGAGACCAUUGUGGAUAGAAUAGUAAGAGCUGAGGUCCAUCGGCUGGUGGUAGUAAACGAAUCAGAUAGUAUCGUGGGUAUCAUUUCCCUGUCAGAUAUUCUACAAGCCCUGAUACUCACACCGGCAGGUGCCAAACAAAAGGAGACAGAAACCGAAUGACCGCUGUGAAUGGAGAAGCCCUGGUGGGAAAACUUGAACAAAGAUUCUGGGUCACGCUUUGCCUCAUGAACACUGACCGCGAGAGAAGAGACUGAAAUGGCUAUGAAUGUAUAUCAACGUUUAGUGAUGGGUAUUUUUUCCAGUAAUGUUGAAACUAAGCAUAAAAAAAGAAAGAUUUUAUGUGUUUGAAGAUUCAGGCUUGCAUCAAAAGGCUAUUUUCAGACCUUUGUCUGAAAUAUUUCAAAUGCUGUAUGUCAUUAAAGUGCACUGUGUCCUGAAAUUUUAUUAGUUUUCAUUUCAAAGAACUCACUGGUAAUGUGACAGGUAUAUGACAUAAGGCGAGUGUAUGGCAUAUUCAGAUCUAGUGCCUUAUGUCGGAACACAGCGAUAUGUCAUCACUACUGCCCUUCGCCACAGAGCGUCCUGGUGUGAGUGACACUGCUGGAGCGAAAAGUCUUUGACCCUUUACCAAAUCAGUUUGUUUUCAUUAGAUUUGUCGAACAGUCGUAAUUUGAAUAUAAAUAAUUACUUUAUAAAAUUUUAAUGACAGUUUUAUGUUUGUGUUCUGAACUAGAGUGUAAGCAAGACUGCUUUACAACAGCUUUAUUUAUUUUUACUUUCAUGCAGUUUUUUACACAUCUUUUGGUGAGUAGACGUCACCAUACCCAUUCAUAAACCAUCAGUUGUUAUUUUAAAAUGGCAGAUUUCUCAUUAUUUAAGUUUGGAUCUGUGAAGGAUAUGACUUCUCAAGGAGCCACUGUGCGGCUUUAAAAGAUGAGGUUUCUGGAAGCCUGUGUGGAAACUGCUCUGCGGACUGGGGACAGCCGCGGUUACGAGGAAGCAAAGUGCCGGGAAGAUGUCUAUUUUUUUCUUGUGUAUUGAAAUGUAAAAUCACAAUGUUUGUGUGACUGCUGAUGCGAUUGUUUCUGUACAUUUCGUUGUGGCAUAUGCAGUAUUGUCAUAGUUGGAGAGAAACAAUGUUUCCUGAUGUAAGUGCUCUGAAAAUGUUGACACUGUAUAUAUAUAAGUAUAGUUUGGUUUUUUUGUUUUUGGGGUUUUUUUUUUUGCAGAUUGAGAAAUUAAAAUAAAUCCUACUAUCUACCAUUUUGUUAAAGAAGUUCUUUAAAAUGUCGUGUAUUUCAGCACAUAAUUAAAAUUCUGCAUGCAGUUUCCCACUUAGAUAUUUCUCCCUGAAUAAAGGAGAACAUGAA